AUGGUAAUAGAUUCAACAAAAGCAACACCAGCAAAAAAUCAUGUACGUUCUCACACUGGAGUCCCAACAAAAGAGCUUUUAACAGCAAAAAAAAAUUAUCCGACUACUUGUCUUAGUUUAUGGGAAAAAUAUUCUGUUCAAGAAUCAAAUGAUAAAGAAAGCUUCCAAAAAGCAUUUGUCAAUCAUGUAGCAACUACACUUGCUAGAUCCAUUUACAAUGUUGAUAAUUUUAGUGCUUAUCAAGCAACUGCCCACACUGUUAGAGAUACAUUGAUUAAGCGUUGGAAUUAUACCCAACAGAGACAUACUGAGGUUGAUCCUAAGCGUGUUUAUUAUUUAUCAUUGGAAUUCUUGUUGGGUCGAUCAUUGGACAAUGCUCUUCUUAAUUUAAGAGUAAAAGAUGUUUGUGGAGAGGGAAUAAAAGAAUUAGGUUUUAGUAUGGAGGAUGUUCUUGAUCAAGAAGUUGAUGCUGCACUUGGUAAUGGAGGUCUAGGCCGUCUGGCUGCUUGUUAUAUGGAUUCUUUAGCCACUUUAAAUAUUCCAGCCUGGGGGUAUGGUCUUCGUUACACUUAUGGUAUUUUUCAACAAAGAUUAAAGGAUGGACAUCAAGUAGAAUUCCCUGAUUAUUGGUUAAAUUUUGAUAACCCUUGGGAAUUGCCACGUCUUGAUGUUGUAGUUGAUGUUAAAUUUGGUGGAUCUGUUAAUAAAUAUACUGAUAAAAAUGGCUGUGAAAGAUAUUCCUGGGAGGGUUCUGACACUGUAGAAGCUGUUGCCUACGAUGUUCCCAUUCCAGGUUAUGAUACCAACAAUUGUAAUAAUAUUCGAUUAUGGAGUAGUAAACCUAAACGUCAAUUUGAUCUUAAAUAUUUCAAUGAGGGAGAAUAUGAGAAAGCUGUGCAAGAACAAAAACAAGCCGAAAAUAUAACUGCAGUGUUAUAUCCUAAUGAUAAUCACAUGGUUGGAAAAGAAUUACGUCUUAAACAACAAUAUUUCUGGGUUGCUGCAAGUCUUCAUGACAUUGUUCGCCGGUUUAAAAAAUCAGAGAGACCAUGGACAUGGGAAAUUGUUACCAAAACAUUUGCUUUUACAAAUCACACUAUACUUCCUGAAGCUAUGGAGAAAUGGCCAGUUCCUAUGGUUUCAUAUAUUUUACCAAGACAUAUGCAAAUAAUAUUUGAUUUAAAUCUUUUCUUUUUACAAAAAGUUGAAAAAAAAUAUCCAAAAGAACGAGAUCUUUUAGCCAAAUUAUCGAUUAUUGAAGAAGCAUCUCCACAAUUUGUCAGAAUGGCACAUCUUGCUAUUGUUGGUUCACAUCGUGUUAAUGGAGUUGCUGAACUUCAUUCAAGAUUAAUUAAGGAAACGACCAAUGGUAUUACUCCUCGCAGAUGGUUACAUCAAGCAAAUCCUAAAUUAAGUGAUUUGAUAACAGAAACAUUGCAAACUAAAGAAUGGUUAAAAGAUUUGUUCAUAUUAAAAAAUUUAACAAAAUAUGCUGAUAAUCCAGAUUUCAAGAAAAAAUGGAAAGCUAUCAAACAUUCAAAUAAGGUGCGUUUGGCUGACUAUAUUAAAACACAUACUAAUAUAAUAGUAAACCCAAAUGCCUUAUUUGAUGUUCAAGUAAAAAGAAUUCAUGAAUAUAAAAGACAAUUUAUGAAUAUUUUGGGUGUUAUUCAUCGUUAUAAUGCUUUGAAAAAAUUGAGUGCUGAUGAAAUUUCAAAUAUUGUCCACCGUGUUGUUAUAUUUGGUGGUAAAGCUGCUCCUGGUUAUUAUAUUGCUAAAUUAGUAAUAAAAUUGAUAAACAGUGUUGCAGAAGUUGUUAAUAAUGAUGAAAGUAUUUAUGAUUCUUUGAAAGUUGUUUUUAUACCAGAUUACAAUGUAUCAGUUGCAGAAAUUAUUAUUCCAGCUUCAGACAUUUCACAACAUAUUUCAACAGCUGGUACAGAAGCUUCUGGUACAAGUAAUAUGAAAUUUGUGUUGAAUGGUGGUUUGAUCCUUGGAACAGUUGAUGGUGCUAAUAUUGAAAUUCACCAAGAAAUUGGCGAUGAAAAUAUUUUCAUGUUUGGAAAUUUGGCUGAUGCUGUUGAUGAUUUAAGACAUGCUCAUAGAUAUCGAAAUGUCGAGAUGGAUCCAAAACUAAAAGAAGUUUUAACAAGUAUCGAAUCUGGACAAUUUGGUGAUCCAAGAAUAUUUUCUCCGUUAAUCAAUACAUUAACAAUAGGCAAAGAUUAUUAUUUAAUUUCCGAUGAUUUUGGAUCAUAUCUUCGAUCACAACAAAUGAUUGAUGAAGCUUAUAAAGAUCAAGAUGAAUGGAUAAAGAAAAGUAUUUUUUGUACUGCUCUUAUGGGCAAAUUUUCUUCUGAUCGUGCUAUUCAAGAAUAUGCAGAUAGUAUUUGGAAUGUUGAACCAGUUAAAGGUGAGUCAGAGGUUGGGGAAAGCAGUAGGGGUCUUGGAAGAGGUGGUGAUAUUGGAGGUGCCAGUAAUGUUGGGGGAGGCGGUGCUGGUGACGUUGGGAGAGGCAGUGCCAGUGACAUUGAGGGAGGUGGUGACGUUGGGUCCUUUCGUGUUGCUAUAUCUCGAAAGCUUUAUAAUAGUGAGAUUCAUCAUCUUUUAAAGGAUCAAAUAGAUAAUAGUGAUUAUAAUGGCGAUUUCGGUGUUAUCAAUGCUGAAGAUAAUAUUGAUAGUAGUGAUGAUGGCUAUGAUUCUGACAAAGAAAACAAAUUUUUUCUGAUGGAACUGAUGAAGGAUUUUAUUUUGAUCCUACACAGAUCAAAAAGGAUUUUUAAAAAGCAAGUUAAUUACUUUAAUACAAAAUUAAUUAUAUCAUCUGUGAAUACAAAUUGA